GUCACUCAGUCACGUUUGUAAACAAACCUGUAAUAAUUUUAUUAAAUAUAUUUAAUAAAACCAAGAAAAAUGGCACAAGGAAAGAACAAAACAAAGGCUAAGCUUCCAGAUAAUGUUAAGCAUAAGACUUUCAACAAGACAAACAAGCAGAACUCAGCUUUCCAAAAGAGAAAGAGUGCUCCUGCUAAACAGAAGUUAAAGGAUAAGCAAAAGAUCCAGGAAGCAAUUACAAAAUCAGUCAACAGAAAAAAUGAAGAUGAAAUGAGAAGUCGAUCAGUGUCACAUAAACCAAAUUUGAGUAGUGCUCAAAAGGCUGUUGCUAAUCAUCAUGAUAAGGCUAAUAAAUCUGUAAAUGAAAUAAUGGAAGCUGAAUAAAACUGAUCUUUUAUAGAA